GCGGCGCGGAGCGAGCGGGCGCAGCGCGGAGCUCGGGCCCAUGGUGCGCCCGUGUCCGUCGGUCGGGCCGCGCGGGCGGCUCCGCGCGUGGCCCGGCGCUCGCGAGCUCGCCCCCUCGCUGCGGGCCCGGUCCGCCCGCUGCCGCCGCCUCCUCCCCCGGGGCUGCGCGGCGCCGGCGGGCGGCGGCGCGGAGGCCGGACCGGGCGGCGGCCCAGGCAGCGCGGGGGGCGCGGCAGCUAAGGCGGGCGGCGCCGCCGACAUGACGGACAACAUCCCGCUGCAGCCGGUGCGCCAGAAGAAGCGGAUGGACAGCAGGCCCCGCGCCGGGUGCUGCGAGUGGCUGAGAUGCUGCGGGGGAGGGGAGCCCAGGCCCCGCACUGUCUGGUUGGGGCAUCCCGAGAAGAGGGACCAGAGGUAUCCUCGAAAUGUCAUCAACAAUCAGAAGUACAAUUUCUUCACCUUUCUUCCUGGGGUGCUGUUCAACCAGUUCAAAUACUUUUUCAACCUCUAUUUCUUACUUCUUGCCUGCUCUCAGUUUGUUCCUGAAAUGAGACUUGGCGCACUCUACACCUACUGGGUUCCCCUGGGCUUCGUGCUGGCCGUCACUGUCAUCCGUGAGGCGGUGGAAGAGAUCCGAUGCUACGUGCGGGACAAGGAAGUCAACUCCCAGGUCUACAGCCGGCUCACAGCGCGAGGCACGGUGAAGGUGAAGAGUUCCAAUAUCCAAGUUGGAGACCUUAUCAUCGUUGAAAAGAACCAGCGGGUCCCCGCCGACAUGAUCUUCCUGAGGACAUCAGAAAAAAACGGGUCAUGCUUCUUGCGGACGGAUCAGCUGGAUGGGGAGACGGACUGGAAGCUUCGCCUCCCUGUGGCCUGCACACAGAGGCUCCCCACGGCUGCUGACCUUCUUCAGAUUCGAUCGUACGUGUACGCCGAAGAGCCAAAUAUCGACAUUCACAACUUCGUGGGAACCUUCACCCGAGAAGACAGCGACCCCCCGAUCAGCGAGAGCCUCAGCAUAGAGAACACACUGUGGGCUGGCACCGUGGUUGCAUCAGGUACAGUUGUGGGUGUUGUUCUUUACACCGGCAGAGAACUCCGGAGUGUCAUGAAUACCUCAAAUCCCCGAAGUAAGAUCGGCCUGUUCGACCUGGAAGUGAACUGCCUCACCAAGAUCCUCUUUGGUGCCCUGGUGGUGGUCUCGCUGGUCAUGGUUGCCCUUCAGCACUUUGCAGGCCGUUGGUACCUGCAGAUCAUCCGCUUCCUCCUCCUGUUUUCCAACAUCAUCCCCAUUAGUUUGCGAGUGAAUCUGGACAUGGGCAAGAUCGUGUACAGCUGGGUGAUCCGAAGGGACUCGAAAGUCCCCGGGACUGUGGUUCGCUCCAGCACGAUCCCCGAGCAGCUGGGCAGGAUCUCGUACUUACUCACAGACAAGACAGGCACUCUGACCCAGAACGAGAUGGUUUUCAAACGGCUUCAUCUCGGAACGGUGGCCUACGGCCUCGACUCAAUGGACGAAGUGCAAAGCCACAUCUUCAGCAUUUACACCCAGCAAUCCCAGGACCCGCCGGCCCAGAAGGGCCCCACACUCACCACCAAGGUCCGACGGACCAUGAGCAGCCGCGUGCACGAGGCUGUGAAGGCCAUUGCACUCUGCCACAACGUGACUCCUGUGUAUGAGUCCAACGGUGUGACUGACCAGGCUGAGGCCGAGAAGCAGUACGAAGACUCCUGCCGCGUGUACCAGGCAUCCAGCCCUGAUGAGGUGGCCCUGGUACAGUGGACCGAAAGUGUGGGCUUAACCCUGGUGGGCCGGGACCAGUCUUCCAUGCAGCUGAGGACCCCUGGCGACCAGAUCCUGAACUUCACCAUUCUACAGAUCUUCCCUUUCACCUACGAAAGCAAGCGCAUGGGCAUCAUCGUGCGGGAUGAAUCAACUGGAGAAAUUACGUUUUACAUGAAGGGAGCAGAUGUGGUCAUGGCUGGCAUUGUGCAGUACAACGACUGGUUGGAAGAAGAGUGUGGCAACAUGGCCCGAGAAGGGCUCCGGGUGCUCGUGGUGGCGAAGAAGUCUCUAGCGGAGGAGCAGUAUCAGGACUUUGAAGCCCGCUACGUCCAGGCCAAGCUGAGUGUGCAUGACCGCUCCCUCAAAGUGGCCACGGUCAUCGAGAGCCUGGAGAUGGAGAUGGAGCUGCUGUGCCUGACGGGCGUGGAGGACCAGCUGCAGGCAGACGUGCGGCCCACGCUGGAGACCCUGAGGAACGCGGGCAUCAAGGUCUGGAUGCUGACGGGGGACAAGCUGGAGACUGCUACGUGCACGGCGAAGAAUGCACACCUGGUGACCAGAAACCAGGACAUUCACGUGUUCCGGCUGGUGACCAAUCGUGGGGAGGCUCACCUCGAGCUGAAUGCCUUCCGCAGGAAGCAUGAUUGCGCCCUGGUCAUCUCGGGAGACUCCCUGGAGGUUUGCCUUAAGUACUACGAGUAUGAGUUCAUGGAGCUGGCCUGCCAGUGCCCAGCUGUGGUCUGCUGCCGCUGCGCCCCCACCCAGAAGGCCCAGAUCGUGCGCCUGCUGCAGGAGCGCACGGGCAAGCUCACGUGCGCAGUAGGGGACGGAGGCAAUGACGUCAGCAUGAUUCAGGAAUCCGACUGCGGCGUGGGAGUGGAAGGAAAGGAAGGCAAACAGGCUUCGCUGGCCGCAGACUUCUCGAUCACUCAAUUUAAGCAUCUCGGCCGAUUGCUUAUGGUGCAUGGCCGGAACAGCUACAAGCGGUCAGCCGCCCUCAGCCAGUUCGUGAUUCACAGGAGCCUCUGUAUCAGCACCAUGCAGGCCGUCUUUUCCUCCGUGUUUUACUUUGCCUCCGUCCCUCUCUAUCAAGGAUUCCUCAUCAUUGGGUACUCCACCAUUUACACCAUGUUUCCCGUGUUUUCUCUGGUCCUGGACAAAGAUGUCAAGUCGGAAGUUGCCAUGCUGUAUCCUGAGCUCUACAAGGAUCUUCUCAAGGGACGGCCAUUGUCCUACAAGACAUUCUUAAUAUGGGUUUUGAUUAGCAUCUAUCAAGGGAGCACCAUCAUGUACGGGGCGCUGCUGCUGUUUGAGUCGGAGUUCGUGCACAUCGUGGCCAUCUCCUUCACCUCGCUGAUCCUCACCGAGCUGCUUAUGGUGGCGCUGACCAUCCAGACCUGGCACUGGCUCAUGACAGUGGCCGAGCUGCUCAGCCUGGCCUGCUACAUCGCCUCCCUGGUGUUCUUACAUGAGUUCAUUGAUGUGUACUUCAUUGCCACCUUGUCAUUCUUGUGGAAAGUCUCCGUCAUCACUCUGGUCAGCUGCCUGCCCCUCUAUGUCCUCAAGUACCUGCGAAGACGGUUCUCUCCCCCCAGCUACUCAAAGCUCACGUCGUAGGCCGUGCACUCUCUGGAGGGGCCCUGGUCUCGGCGCUUCCCUGAUGGACAAGAGCUCAAGUUCCAUGGAUGUGAAUCGCCACCUGUGGAUUUUGCAGUAAUUGCUAACACGUGCAGUUUUAAUGGGAAGAGGCUCUGUGCCUAAACGGAGUCCCGCUGCAUCAGCAGGAGGGAGGUCCUAAAAGAGACCUAUCUGGGCCUGUCUGAACCCCUCGUUCUUCAUGUUUGAGUGAAUGUGAAUAUGUUAAAGCUGGGGGCUCAGCUGGGAGAUGUAUGUGGGUUACUGUGCGAGCUUCCUUAUGACUUGAAUUUUGUUGUCACGUGAUAAAAGUUUCUCUCCAGCUG